UCUAUUGUCAAGGCGAAAGAGGAUUGACUGGAGUAGAAACCCGCAGAAACUACAUGAAUUAAAAUCAAUAACAAACAAAAACACGAAGGGUUGCACUCCGGGAGUGCAGGCAGAAGUGCAAACUAGAACUUAUGGCGCGUUGGGCACUUUUUUGGCUGGACCUGUUGGACUGCUACUGAAGAAUUGUUGAGUCGGCUGACGGGGCAAACACUCCAGCAUUGCGUGUGGGGCCCUACCUCUUCUGGGGUGAGCUACUAUGAUGCCACUGGUGUCAGUCAAACCCCCAGAACUGAGCCCCUACUCCAGUCAAUCUUCUUUGGUUACCCAUAUGUCUUUCUUUAUGAAGUUUUUCCCUGUGCUGUGUAACCACUAUGUAUAGAUAACUGAUGGUUCACAAUUUUUCCCUUCACUUCUACUAAUUUCAUUGUCGUCCUCUGUCAACCAAAAGCCGAUCAGGAUGCUUCCUGCAAUCAUUGCAGAGAGAAACUUUCAAAGAAGCUGGACUGGAGUUGAAGCCCAGCUUUCAGAAUUCGGAAGACCCCCCAAGCCAGGACUGGUACAAAACCCCAACGGGGACGGGCGAACGUCGAUUCCUACUGCGGAAGAUUCUCAUUAGGUUUUAUUAUGCACAAUUGCAUUUCAUAAAAUGAAUUGGUUGAUUCAAUUUUACGAUACGUCGUUGAUCAAGAGGGACCCUAACCGAGUGCAAUGUUUCAGUACGUUGGCUUUUGAUCCGGACAGUUGAUACCAGAAACAUCGCUCCAUAAAAGCUUGUGAAACUAUGGGAACAAUAAUCGAAAUAGUUUUGAUCUGCCUGACACUGUCAUUGUGUGUAGAAUCUGAUAAAAAUGAUAAGAAUGCAAUAGAAAGUGCAUGUUGUGCAUUAAAAAUCUCCAAUGCUCUGAGGUUGACGUGUGUAGCCGACCUGAAUCUUCCUCCGAAUAUCCUCCAGGACUAUGGAACAGAUAUUCAAAAUUUAGAGGUAAAUUUUUAUUCCCAAUCGGAAUCGAUAUUCCUAUCACUGCAUCUUGAGUCGAUCGCCGACUUUAAGAAUUUAACCAGUCUCGCUAUUCAACGGGCCGACAUCAGCUUCACCAGGAAAUAUGUGGUGCCAAUUGAUUCACUAAAAGAUUUGAAAUUAUUACACUGCGCAUUUAACGAGGUACCAACAAAAUUAUUGAAGUCCUCACGAAAUCUUGAAAAUCUAUCAUUGGAGAAGAAUCGCAUACGCAUCAUCGAGCCAAGUGCCUUCAAUUCGUUGAAACAUCUCAAAGACCUCAACUUGUCCUGGAAUAGGAUCCACAUCCUGACACCAGAUUGCUUCGAGGGACUCAAUAAAUUGGAAAAACUGAAUCUCUCCUACAACGAUUUCACGGCGAUGCCUGGAAUAUUCUAUGGAUUGAAUCAGCUCAAAACACUUGAUCUGACUCGAGCUCUGCUUCCAAAAGGUCAUCAAGAUCGAAAUCCUAAGGACCCUGUCUUCCUGGAAGAUAUCACAGUCCUGGUACCGGGAUUAUUCGACGAUACUCCACAGUUACAUUACCUGAGAUUGGAUAGAAAUCCAAUCAAGAACAUAGCAAAAGGUGUCUUCAAUAAUCUAAGAUUCCUGAAAGAAUUGUCCAUAACAAUAUCUAGCGUUGCAACAAUAGAACCAGGUGCAUUCUCAGGUCUGAAUCUUGCGAAGCUCGACCUCUCAGGAACACCAACCGAGACUAUAAUGUUUGAAGUGUUGAGUGCUGGCCAAGUUGGUGGAUUGCUCCCCAUUCGAAAUCACAUUUCCAAAAUUCAACCCAGGACAUUUGAUAAGUUGAGCGUUUUGACUUUGAAUAUGAGUUUUAAUUUUUUGAGCGUCAUUGGUGAUGAAGAUUUCUAUGGACUCGAGGUGGGUGAAUUGAUUUUAUCGGGGAAUGGAAUUAUCAAAAUAGCACCGGAUGCUUUUAAAAGCACAAAAGUUAAGAAAAUUAAAAUUGGAAGCCGUCUCGCAGUGAGUGUGGAUAAAAAACAGCUCGGGCUGCGUGAAGUAGUUACCCUGGAAAAGUGAAAGAAAUCAAAAUAAUCCAUUAAUGUUAUGCAAUUGAAUGCUCAACUGCAGCAACGAUGGUGGGAUCGAGUGAAUAGUGUUUUUUUAUGUUCUUUUUGUAUUCAGAAGUCACAUGGUAAAUACUUUACUCAUACUUUACUCUAAUCGUGGCAAAUGAGGAUUUCACGGGGAUCGCAAGACAAAAGGGUUCACAUAUUAUCAAUAGGUAUUUGUGGAAGGGGAUACUAAUUAGGGGGGGACUAAUGUGGGUAUGAAUUUGGUCAGUUCCCAGGUCGUACGAUAAGGUAAAGGCAUUCCGGAAUUACCUGUAAUAACAUAUAGUCAUCUAAUCUG